AUGUCUGUAGAGGCUCCCGUCGACUCGUCCCAGGUGCUAUGGGAUCAGUCGGCACCUAAUUUUGGUGACUUGACCCACAUUAUUGACAAUAUGACUGUAGCAUCACAAUUAGCCCAUGACCAGCCAAACUUGCCACUCUCAUUUUCUCUAUUCGAUGAGAUGGUCCCUCAGCCUUCCAGCAUUCAUUGGCAAUAUCCUAGUACUACCCCAUCUCAUGAAGCCACAGGCUUUCGUCAGGUCCCGCAUCUAUUUGAGGAAUUCUCCUCAGCAUUCCCUUCCUUUGAAAUAUUACCGUCAAUGCAGACUUACCAAGAACCAUGGAAAAUUACGCAACAACUUUGGGAUAGACUCUUUGCGCAAGUUCAAUUCUUUAGUCCCCUUCUUCCGCCUGAAUUUGUGCUUCAGUCGCGACAUACUUUGACUCGCUACCUCGGAACAUACUUCUCGGGAUUCCACCGUCAUCUGCCAUUUCUUCACAUCCCUACAUUCUCACUAGAGAGGUGUCCAGUUGAACUAAUACUCGCCAUGGCGGUUAUUGGAGCCCAGUCUAACUUUGAAUAUGAUAACGCGAGAAUUCUGUUCGAAGCGUCUUAUGUCAUAGUCCAAGAACGUCUGCGUAACCGCAAAGCGGAGCUUUGCUAUAGAUCAUUCCCAAUAGAUGAUGAGGCAUCGGCUGUUUUGCAACCCGGAUGUCAGCCAUGGAUGGAAAGCUCUUUCUCUGUCCUAGAAGUUCCGUCAGACUCGACCGCGGGCCAGGCCGGCAUCCCUCAAUUCCAUCCACUACCUGCUGCACAAACACUCCUUUUGCUCAUGGCAAUGGCAACAUGGGGCAAUUCAAAGGCCAUAUAUAACAAAGCCUUUGGUCUACAAAACACAAUAGUCAAUCUUGUGCGAAAGGAAGAAUUCCUGAAGGUGCAAACUCAGACACCGGAAGGCGUUGGCUGGCGUCAAUGGGUUCAAAUCGAAGGGUUCAAGCGGACAAUCGCUAUAAUAUACUGCUUUUUAAAUUUCCACACUAUAGUCAAUGAUACCCCGCCCCCCAUUCGAACCUCAGAACUGAUCAUCAACCUACCUUCGCGGGAAGCAGAUUGGGCGGCCCAGACUGAGAAGGAGUGGCAGGAAAUCCGGGGUAGAUCGGAACCUGAGCCAGAAUUUCAAUCAUAUUUUUCGAAUCUCUUCCUAGAGCGAAAGGAGGACAACGAAAUCGUCAAGGGAUAUUCCUCACUGGGUGGAUACACCCUCAUAUUGGCUUUGAUUCAACACAUCUACUUCCUACGCGAGUUGAGCAAAUACAAACCUGGCUCAGAACAGAGCCUUUCUCCAGCAGAUGCAGCAAACGUGGAGCAAGCACUGAGGAACUGGGAGAGUGGAUGGUAUACAGACCCAGAAUCAUCCCUCAGUCCUGGAAAUCCACAAGGCCCAAUUUCCUUCAACUCCACAGCUUUGCUUCGAAUGGCCUAUAUUCGGCUGGUUGUGGAUGUGGGUCCGUGGCGCGCUCUAAACACUCAUAAUCCUUACGAGAUUGCGAUGUCUAUGCACCAAAGUCCGCCCCUAACACCCUCUACUAAACUGUCACACGCAGUGCUGUACGCUGCGCACGCACUCAGCAUUCCGGUUAAAAUGGGCGUCAGUAUCGUGACACGUAGUCAGGCCUUUACUUGGUCCCUCCAGCAUUCACUCUGUGCACUUGAGUGCGCUUUCGUGGUUAGCAAGUGGUUGCUUGCCAUGCAAAAUCGGACGUCCGAGGUGCCCGUCGAUAAGGAGGAAACAACCCUGGUUGUCUAUCUCACUGAUAUUGUGACAGAGGCAGACCCUGCGAUGGGUUCGGUGAGAGGCGGCGGGGAGAUACCACACCUUUCUAAAUUGUGUGUUCGGGUCAUCAAGCUUUGGGCGAAACUUCUGAGCGGGGAAGCACACUGGGACGUAGUACGCAUGAUUGGAAAAGUGUUAGAAGCAUAUGGUUACAUCUUAGAGAAAGAGCUCUUAGUGUAA